UGACGGGUUCAGUCAUGAUGGCGACGGAGAGGAGAGAGGACGUCGUCGGCGGUCUCCCUCACCCGGAACAGACACCUACAGACAAGCCAUGUCGAGCCUGUACAGACUUUCGUUCGUGGAUGAAGAGCCAAAGAAGGGCGGGACCUGUCACGCUGGGUAAGGCUGAGACCUCUUCAACAGAAGCACCUCCUCCGGAAAAUUCCUCGGGGAGUUCAUCUGAGAGACAGGAAAAUUCUGGACUUGAGUCUGGCAGUGUGUUGGCAGGUAGAGCAAAUGACGGUUCAAGCCAAACGUCGACAGUUCCUGAGGAAACUGAUGUUCCACUCUGGGGGCAAGCAGCCAAGUACGGGUGUCCGGCGGAUAGUCUGUCUCUGGGUCGGGGUUCAUGGCGGCUGCUGCACUCCAUGGCUGCGUACUACCCCACCCAGCCAACACCACAACAACAGAAUGACAUGAAGACUUUUAUAACAAUAUUCUCCAAGUUUUAUCCGUGUCAGCCUUGUGCAGAAGAUUUUAGAGAAUGGCUGAAGACCAACUCACCAGCCGUAGACUCUCGCUCCACUCUGUCUCGGUGGUUUUGUGAGGCGCACAACGAAGUCAACAGGAAAUUGGAAAAGCCAUUAUUUAACUGCGAUUUAAUUGAUCAGCGUUGGGGAGAUGGCUGGAAGGAUGGGUCUUGUGAUUGAUGAAUGGCCUGGGUCGAGUGUGUAUACGGUGAUAAUGGAAUUGAAUUUUUUUUUUUUAGAUAAAGUAUAUUUGGAAAUAUGUGUAUAAUUUUGUGGAAUUAUACCGUAUUUGUACAUUAUAUAACAGUUUCUGAUUGUCUAUAAGAUUUUGGUAUACACCUUUGAGAAGAUCGUCUGUACACAAUUACCCGAUAAGCUAGAAUAUUUGAUCAUAGAAAAUUAAACAGCUUUAUCAACUUUUCUUUUGAAGCAUUGGUGAUUAGGAUUAAUAUUGUCUAUGUGUUGAGCUCAGGUCUUGUUAUUAGAGGUGCUGUGGAUAAUGUGCCGGCCUUCUGACCAGUUGAGGUAAAUAACUGUUGUUGGGUGGUUGAUGGUGAUGCAUAACCUCGCUAAAUGCGUCACUUGGUAACUCGGUCCAGUCAGCCAUCACCACUUCACUGGACUACAACUAUACAUCCAGCAUUAACUUUAUCCAGCUGCAAAGUCACUUAGGUAGAAAGUUAUUAUUGUGCUCUUGACAUGUUGGUUACACAGUAGUAGCUUUUUGAGUGAACCUUUGUUAAAUGCUUCAGAGAUUAUGGUUAGUGUAGUCAUGAUGUAGAACUGUUGAUCAGAUGUUUGCAGUCUUCCUGAUGAAUAUUUGACACCAGAAAUAGAUUGGGGAAAGAUUUUUUUUUUACAUUUACGACAGCAAUAUAAAGAUGUACUGAUAGUGAUUAAUUGAAUGUAAUUAUGUCCUCUGACUGUAAUGAAGUUGUGUAGAAGUGAGGGAAUGAUAGACUGUCUUGAUGUUGAGAGAGAGAGAGAGAGGGGGAUAAAUGUAUGACCAGACUGUACUUAAGUUGUAAGAAAUGGUGGUAAUGUAUUCAGGCUUUUGGGUUGAAAUGAGGAAUAUAUUAAAGUGGACUGAAGUUAUUAGUAAGUGAGAAAUUAAUUUAGCGCUGCACUGAAGUUGUGUAAAGGAGAUGAUAUGAUUCAGUCUGGAGUGAAAUUAUGUAGGAACGAGGGAAUAAGCGCAGACUACGGAAGGAAUGUAGGAAUGAGGGAGUUAACUGGAGAAGCUGUUAAGUUAUUUGAAAUGAUGGAAUGCCAUAAUAAUGAACCUGAUUUAUAAAGACGAGAGAGUCAUUUCCUGAUGUAAGUUAGGAGUGAGGGAAUGAUCAGAACAUAUCCUCAUAUUCUGUAGUAGUGUGGAAAUGAUGUGUUGACUUGGGGGUGAAUAGUUGGAAUGUUUUACAAUAUUCCUGUAGUAUCUAUAAAAUUUUCAGAAGAGGUGACCAAGUGGUAACUCUCAGGCUUAAGUUCAGAAAACAGAUCAUGGAAGCUUAAUUUUUUAAAUAUUUUUACUACAAGUUCAUAAUUUUAACCUGCUCGUUGUUGAUACUAUUCUUUUUGACUUCGUAAGUUUUCUAUACAGUGGCAGAAAUCAGUCAAUGUGUUAUUACUUUAAUUUUAUUAUGGAACUGAAAUCUUUUGUAAUGGAAAUGUUAGCUUGUUUCAUCUUUAGCUGAAUUUUUACCUUUUCCGUAUAAACUUUGAUGAUUACAUGAUAUACUUGUCUGGGAAAUAUUGUAUUUAUCAUAGGUGCUGUACAGUAUUUGCUAAAACUAGUGAAAUUUACCUUUUGUAAAAUAUAUUUUUAUUUAUAAAUCAAAAUAUACAUGAAUGAUUUUUUAACAUUUUACAAUAUUUAUCAAAGUGAAAGACAUAGUAACAUUGUGUCCUAAAUGUUUGUACAGUAUAUGAAACAUUCAUAAUUACAGAAGCUCUGGAAAUAUCAA